UAUAAUUCAUUUGAGAAGGAAUGGCCUUGAAAUUAGGAGAAAAUGGUAAACCCUGCUAUAAUUUCCCGCCGCAAAGAACAAAAGCAAUUUUACGUUUCCCGCUUUUAUUAUUUCUGCUCUCCAUACCUACAUAGUAAUGAGUGUCACUUACUCAAACUAAAUUACGCAAACUCGUUAGGGUUUCUCUUCCUUUCAUUUACAGCGUUUCAGAAAAGAUCAAUCCUCCGAAGCAAUAAUUUACGGUUAUGGACAUCUCAAAUCCUGCUGUAUUUGUCAAUGCUCAAGUUCUUCCCAAUUUCAUUGGAAAGAAAGUAAGAGCAGUGAUUCAGGUGAAUCGUUCUGAUGGUGGUAUAAUCACAGGAAAAUCAACCGAUGAAUCUCAGAUAACUGUAAAAGGGUUAUCAUCACAAGUCCCUGUCAUGAAUUAUGUUGAGGUUAUUGGCAUUGCUGAAAGUAGCAACUCUAUCCGUGCUGAAAUAUUGACAGACUUUGGCGCCACAUUUGAUGCCAACUCUUACAAUCAGUUAUGUCAACUAGCAAAUGGUGAAUUCAGAAGUUUGUUUCUUUAGGGAUCUUAAAGAUUGAUGGGUCAGAUACUGGAUGGUAUUGAGUUGCCGCUUUAUGCUUAAGAUCCUGCAUACUUUCUAGUAUCUAUGAUAGGAACGAUAUAUAAUGUAUAUGUUUAUUCCAUGGGGAUCUGACAUGCUGUGUCUGAACUGUUUCAUGUUUUCGAAAACCCCUUAACUUAUAUCUCUAUGUUAUGUCUAGUUUGGUUUUUGGUUUAUAUCUGUGGCUAUCUCAUAAUCUUCAUCGCUUUGAAUCAUAUUCAUUUCAUUAAAACAAAUGAAGCAUUAGUUCAA